CCGGUGUUCGGGCUGGGUGCGAUUGAGGCGGAGGUCAGGAAGCGGCGGCGGUCGGGCAGCGCGGGCGGCGCCGGCUCGUUUGGCGGCGGCGGCGGCGGCGCCCCGCAGCUGACGGUGCAGGUCAGGGAAGCGGCGCCGGCGCAGCAGCAGCAGCAGCAGCAGCAGCAGCAGCAGCAGCAGCAGGAGCAGCUCUUGGUGGACCCCCUCUCGCUGCACCGGCCCUGGUGCCCCUGGGUGGCGGGGACGCCCGGCGGCGGCGCGAGCGGCUGGGCUUGCUGCCUGGCAGCGCUGGUCGAGGCGGGCGCCCUGCGCCCGCCUGCGGCCGGCGCUGCGGCGGCGGCGGCGCAAGAGGCAGCAGCGCAAGAGGCAGCGGGCGCGGGCGCGGGCGGCGGGGCGCUGGCGCCGGUUGAUGUGCGGCGGGUGGAAGAGGAGGUGCGGCGCAGCCGGGCGGCGGCGGCGGCGAAGCUGCGGGCCGCGCUGGACGCGCUCGGCGGGGCGUGA